GUUAAACACUCGCACCCGCCGCCGAAGUCCGAUUCUACAUGCCACAGAUCCUCAUGACAGCACGACGACGGGGACGACACUGUCCGCAUGAGAUAGCAAAGCAAGCGAAGAAGUACUCGUCCGUCCUAGUGCGUGGAUUCAGCGCAGGAAACAUCUCGGUCGUCGACAAGCGCAGUUGGCUUGAAGUCUGCGAUCAAAAGCACAGGUACGGCGCCAACUUGCGCGCGUACUACAAGGAAUGGAAGCGAUACGACGGUCCCAAGCCUGGAUUCUGGGAAUGGCUCGACGACGAAUCGAUUGAAGUGGAAGGUGUACCGCGCACGAAGCUCGAGAGCGAAACCGUCCUCUACUGCGACCCUGCCGAACGUCAGCGCUUCGAGCUCGACAUUCGACAUGGCAUGGUAAUUCGAAAGUCAUCACAGGAAAUUGUCGACACUGGUGAUGAAGGGUGGAUAUUCGUGUUGCGCGACGGCAUCUUGUACGGCAGCGAAAAGGUCACGACCCAAGUCCCGCGCAUCCACCACACGAGCUUGGUUGGAGGCGAAUGCGUUCAAACCGCAGGGAUGAUGGUCGUCUCCAAAGGCACGCUCCGCAUUAUUUAUCCUCACAGCGGCCACUACCGUCCUUCCGAGAACGAACUGCUGGUGCUCAUGCGAUUCCUGGCGAAGCACGGGAUUGCACACCGCGAGGUCCUCGUCGACGUCCAACGGAUGCAGAAAGUCGCGCGCGAAUCUGUCAACGGGGUCAAGACCAAGAAGAUCGACAGCGCGCACUUCUGGAACGGCCAGCGUGUGUUGAACUUCCUCGAGCUCAAGGAUUUGGCGUGGCGGCUCGACCUCUUCCACGACUUGGAGACCGAAGUUGCCCGGUGGCAAUCCCGGGUCCAAUCGUAUUCCGGCGCCUCGCCAUCCAUUUUACGCACCGCUUCGAGCGGCGACGACACUGACGUCGACAUGGACGCGGUCCAGUACGACGGUCCAUUGUACUUUUAAAAACUCACUUAAUAUUUAUAACUUAAGUCCUUUUCAUGGUUG